AUGGAAGGGCAGGAGGUCACUCUUAUUCCACAGCGGAAGGAAAAAUACAUAGGGGAGGACAUUGUCUAUUUUGAAGAUUCCAUCCUUGGAAAGGGCCAAUUCGGUACUGUCUACAAGGGCUACUGCAAAUCUAGAAAGCGUGAGGUAGCUGUAAAAAUAUUCCACGAUAUCACACCCUUCUGCGCAUCACAUGCAUCUUAUCUCUACUUCAACGAAGACGCCAGCGAUGAGGCGGCUAGAGCAGGGAGGGUGCCACCGCCACAGGAAAUCAAUGCUCUCGCCCAACUCAAGUCGCGCAACUGCCCCAACGUUAUUGGUAUGUAUGACUCAUGGAUCAAGAAAACUGACCCAGAAAAUUCCAAUAGGGUUUACGUCAUCGUCACAGAGUAUUGCCCCGGUGGCGAUCUGCAUCAUUGGAUGCAAACCAAAGGCAAAGUGAGCGAGGGCGUUGCCCGCAGCCUCAUCUACCAACUGUGUAAUGCCUUGCUUGUUUUCAAAUCAGAGUGCAUUAUUCAUCGCGACAUCAAGCCAGCCAACUUACUUCUUACUAGCAAAAAUCUUGAAGAGGCAGUGCUCAAGGUUGCGGACUUCGGAAUGGCCAAGGUUGCGGCCACAAACCCCAUAUGCGACACUAAAGUGGACCGUGAGGCCACGGUGGUUUCCAGUGUUCUCUUUCACUCCACACUUGGCACUCCCAUGUACAUGUCUCCUGAACGAAUACGACAAAAGCCGUACAGCUACAAAGCAGAUGUGUAUUCGGCCGGAAUGGUGCUUUACGAACUCAUGGUCGGUCGUCCUGUGCGCGCCACGCGUCCUGCGCAGCUUCUCAUGGCUGUUCCUGAUGCCAUCCAACACGAGGUAUCGCGCCACAAAGCUGGUACUCCUCUUUGGUUAGAUCUACUGCAAGGCAUGACGUCUGAGGACCCUCAGAAACGUCUUUCAGUGGAGGCGGUGUUGCGGCAUCCAUGGUUUGCGCUCGAAAAUGGAACCCCUUUACCACCCCCAACUAUUCCCCUGCUCUCUCUCGAGGAACAGACGUGGCGGGCGGUCGAAGGAAGUGGAUUCGCCAUGUAUCCCUCGUCAUUGAGUUCUGUGUCUUUACCUGGGCCCUCAGCCCCACCAGAUGCCGUGCAGAAUCCGCCACUCCUUUCAGAGAGCUGCAGCUACAAGGGAAGUGCGGGAGAUUCUCCCCUCACUGAGGCAGAGGAUUUGAGGAGGGAUGCAACUUGGUGGACGACACUGUCUGUGUCAGGACCGAUACCCGCCUCUUAUGAUGUGGACCCUACAUUGCCAACUUCCUGUGGGCCUUAUGUUGUUACGUACGCUGUGCGCAACUUCGUCUGGUGCGUUCUAUUGUACGUCGUGGAGGCGGAGGCAGAAGCGGCUGGCGUCCUAAUUAUCCUGUCGUUUCUCAUGGAGCUGAUUCAAAGUGGUUACUCAGCUUUCAUUCAGGAUGUGGAGCAGAUGGGUGGCCUGCGCCUUCCGCAGCAUUUUGUCUUCCUCAAUGACGUGUGGCACGGGCUCCUUAAUCACCUGAAUGCGUUAGUUGCACACCACCGGCGACGGCUUCCACCUCGUCUAUGGCAGAGGCUCUAUCCGAGGGCGGAAGCCAUCGUUCUUCGUAAGGCUCUUUCGUACAUUCAAGAGGAUGCCUUUUCCGAUGCAACUAGUGGCGAUGCCCGCAUACUCCACGGAGGAGAUUCCGUUGCAAACUUUUCUGGGGAAGAGGCGUGGGGUGAAGAAAAGGCAUCGGCAGCGACAACCCAUGUGGAGCUUGAGACUCAGAGGUUGCUAGGAGGAUACGAGAAGGCCUUGGCUCUCCUUCGAGUUCUGGCACAGCAGGCUAUCCUUACGGACGAUGAGGCUACAGGCCAAACAUUUUCCACAUACUCCCCACGCGGUGCGCAUCACGAUAUAGAUAUUCAUCAACAUGGACAACAGGGAUAUGUGAGUAUGGAGGCCCCUAGCACCAGGUCUUCACUGAAGUACCUUGUCCACGUUCCUGUUCUUGCGCCAUUUGAAGACGAGGAGGAUCUGUUGAUGGUGCAUACUAUUUUGCAAAGGCUGUCUUCUCACAUGGCACGGACUGGAGCGGGGUGA